AGAGUUUAUAUUUUUACAGUUUUUGAUGAUAACUAGACUGAAUCUAUGUGAUUUGUAUGGUUUGAAACUAUGUUUCGAUUGUUGACUCGAGCUGUGUCAAAAACAAGAUAUGGAAUUUUAUGUCAAAAUUCAACAAAAAAGUGCAUUCCUGCAUCAUUUUUGAAGAACUCUUAUAGCAUUGAAGCUACUGAUGAUAAACCACAAUAUCCUGGAUAUAAAACAGAAUAUGUUCAUAAACUCGAGUUUUUGGAACCAAAUACUGAAGAUGGAAUUCCUGUUUAUCGAGUGAUGUCAAGGGAAGGAGCGAUUAUAGACGAGACUCAAGACCCAAAGUUAGACAAUGAAACUUUGGUCAAAAUGUACAAAAGCAUGUCAAUGCUUAAUUCAAUGGACAGAAUCAUGUAUGAAUCUCAAAGACAAGGAAGAAUCAGUUUUUAUAUGACGAACUAUGGGGAAGAAGGCACACAUGUAGGAAGUGCUGCCGCUCUAGAAGAUAGAGACCUAGUUUUUGGACAAUAUAGGGAAGCAGGUGUACUUAUGUGGAGAGGUUUCUCAUUGGGUGAAUUCAUGGACCAAUGUUAUGCAAAUAUAAAUGAUCCGGCACAAGGAAGACAAAUGCCUGUUCACUACGGAUCAAAAAAACUUAAUUUUUACACAAUUAGUUCUCCACUUGCAACACAAAUGCCACAGGCUGCUGGUGCUGCAUAUGCUGUUAAACUAAGCGAAGAACCUGACAGAUGUGUUAUUUGUUACUUUGGGGAAGGAGCUGCUUCAGAAGGUGAUGCUCAUGCUGCUCUUAAUUUUGCAGCAACAUUAGAUGCACCUUGUAUAUUUUUUUGUAGAAACAAUGGUUAUGCUAUUUCUACUCCCACAUCUGACCAAUACAGAGGAGAUGGUAUAGGAGGCAGGGGUCCUGGAUAUGGUAUCAUAACAAUCCGAGUUGAUGGUAAUGACUUACUUGCUGUGUAUAAUGCGACUAAAAGAGCAAGAAAAAUUGCUGUGGAGGAAAGCAGACCAGUUCUAAUUGAAGCAAUGACAUACAGAGUUGGACACCACAGUACCAGUGAUGACAGUAGUGCAUAUCGAUCUGUUGAUGAAGUUAAUUAUUGGGAUAAAAAGGAUCAUCCAAUCAACAGGUUUAGGUUAUACAUAACUAAGAGGGGUGCGUGGGAUGAUGACAAGGAUAAAGAAUGGAAAAAGCUAAGCAGAAAACAGAUAAUGGAAGCAUUUGCCGCAUCUGAGAAACGAUUGAAACCUUCGCCGAAACAUUUAUUCACGGACGUGUAUCAUGACGUUCCAGCUCAUUUACAAAAACAAAUGAAUGAAAUGAGGGAACAUGUCAAAAAAUAUAAGGAACACUACCCUUUAAAUAAUCAUGAACCCAUGUAAUUUUAAAACUUAUUGAUUUAAAACCGCUGAUUUGUAAGUCUGCUUGCCAUUGUAAGAAAGAAAAAACGGAUAUAAAUUGGACGAUAGUAAAACUCGCACUAUGUGCCUAAAUAACCAAACGUACUCGUGAUGAUCAUGUAUUUAUUUUUGUCUUAUUCUAUAUUGCAAUUUUGAUGAGAGAAUACACAAGAUAUUUUAAUGUAAA